GAGAAGAAAGGGCGCAGGGGGCUGCUGCGUUGCUUAGCCCUAUUCAUAAGUAAACGGUGUUGCGUGUGGGACGGUCCAGCCGAGGCCGCAUCCUUCAUACAUAGAUAACAGUUACAGUAACGUUACGCCGCUUUGCAAGUAUCUAAGAUACCUGAUAAUCCAUUGGCAGUGUGAAGAGGAGUAGGGCGGGGGCGGAGCAUCGCAGGCGGUUCCUUGCGCGACGCCACGAUGGCGGACCGCAAACCAAUUGAGCUAGCAGAAGGAUGGUCCUUUAUGGAGAAAGGCAUCCAGAAGCUCAUCCGGCUAUUGGAGGGAGAACCUGAGGACCAGUUUAACGCUGAGCAGUAUAUGCACCUGUAUACGACUAUCUACAACAUGUGUACGCAAAAACCUCCGCACGAUUACUCCGAGCAGCUCUACGGAAAGUACCGCGAGGCGUUCAACAACUACAUUAAAGACAGGGUAUUACCGUCCCUGUUGGAGCAUCGCGACGACGUCCUGCUCAAGGAGCUCUACCAGCGAUGGAACAACCACAAGCUCAUGGUCCGCUGGCUAUCACGGUUUUUCAACUACCUAGACCGGUACUACGUGCUGCGUCACUCGCUGCACCCGCUCAAGGACGUGGGCCUGCUGUGCUUCAAGGAGCUGGUGUACUCCUCCAUCAAGCGCCCCGCACGUGAUGCCGUACUGGCGCUGGUGGAGAAGGAGCGCGAGGGCGAGCUGGUGGACCGGGCGCUGGUCAAGAACAUCCUGGGCAUCUUCAUCGAGCUGGGUAUGGGCGCCAUGGAGUGCUACGAGCGCGACUUCGAGGAGGCGCUGCUGGCGGAGACGAGCGCGUUCUACAGGCGCAAGGCGUCGGAGUGGAUCGAGCAGGACUCCUGCCCCGACUACAUGCUGAAGGCGGAGGAGUGUCUGCGUCUGGAGGAGGAGCGGGUGGACACCUACCUGCACGCCUCCACGCGGCCCAAGCUGCUGCGCGAGGUGGAGGCGGAGCUGCUGAGCAACUACGAGCAGCGGCUGCUCACCAAGGAACACAGCGGCUGCGCGGCGCUGCUCAAGGACGAUAAGACCGAGGACCUGGCGCGCAUGUACCGCCUGUUCCAGCGCAUCCCCAAGGGGCUGGACCCGGUGGCGGACAUCUUCAAGGAGCAUGUGGACAGCGAGGGCAUGAAGCUGGUCAAGGAGGUCACGGAGGCUGUGGAGCUAUCCAAGGAGAAGGCCGCCAAGUCCGGCCCCUCCCGCGACACCGGCAGCAGCUCGGAGCAGCAGUACGUGCGCUGCGUCAUCGAGCUGCACGACAAGUACCUGGCCUACGUGGGCACCUGCUUCGCGAACAGCAGCCUCUUCCACAAGAGCCUCAAGGAGGCGUUUGAGAACUUUGUGAACAAGAGUGUGGCGGGCAGCACCAGUGCGGAGCUGAUGGCGUCGUUCUGCGACAACCUGCUGAAAAAGGGCGGCUCGGAGAAGCUGUCUGACGAGGCGAUCGAGGAGACGCUGGAGAAGGUGGUGAAGCUGCUGGCGUACGUGAGCGACAAGGACAUGUUUGCGGAGUUCUACCGCAAGAAGCUCUCCCGGCGGCUGCUGCAGGACAAGUCCGCCUCCGACGACCACGAGCGCUCGCUGCUGUCGCGGCUCAAGCAGCAGUGCGGCGCGCAGUUCACGUCAAAGAUGGAGGGCAUGGUCACGGACCUGCAGCUGGCCAAGGAGAAGCAGCAGCACUUCGACGACUGGCUCAAGGACAAGGGCAAGAAGCUGUCCAUCGACCUGUCCGUGACGGUGCUCACCACGGGCUUCUGGCCCACCUACAAGUCCAUCGAGGUGGCGCUGCCGCGGGAGAUGGUGGAGGGGGUGGAGGUGUACCGCAGCUACUACGACAUGGACUCAAAACACAGGAAGCUGACCUGGAUCUACACGCUGGGCACUGCCGUACUGCGAGGCAACUUCGACUCCAAGCCCAUCGAGAUGCAGAUGAACACGCUGCAGGCGGCGCUGUGCAUGCUGCUGAACGAUGUGGAUGAGCUGUCGUACCAGGAGGUCCAGGAGCGGUUGCGGCUGCCGGAUGACGACCUGCAGCGGCUGCUGCACUCGCUGGUGUGCGCCAAGUACAAGAUCAUCAAGAAGGAACCGGAGGGCAAGACCAUCAGCAAGAGCGACAAGUUCAGCUUCAACAACCGCUUCACGGACAAGAUGCGGCGCAUCAAGAUCCCGCUGCCGCCGCUAGACGAGAAGAAGAAGGUGAUGGAGGACGUGGACAAGGACCGGCGCUACGCCAUCGAUGCAGCCAUCGUGCGCAUCAUGAAGAGCCGCAAGGUCCUGCAGCACCAGACGCUGGUGAUGGAGGUGAUCCAGCAGCUGCAGCGCAUGUUCAAGCCCGACCUGAAGCUCAUCAAGAAGCGCAUCGAGGACCUCAUCCAGCGCGAGUACCUGGAGCGCGACAAGGACAACCCCACGCUGUUCAAGUACCUGGCGUAAGGAGGGGCGGACGGAGGGGGGCAGGAGGGAAGCGGCAAGAGGGAAGCUGCCUCAGGGGCGGAAGACAGCCAUGGCACUUGGAUUGGGUGGUGAUAUGGUUUGUGGAGGAGGAAGUUGCGGGGCAGAGGGGAAGGAGAGGCUGCGAGGGCGAGCCGAUGUGUAGAGGGGUGGAACGGGCUAGUCCGGGGAAGGAGUGUGGGAAGGAUGGGCGUAGGGAGCAUGAGGAGUGCUAGGGAGCGCCUGGUGAAGUCGAAGAGAUCCAGGGGUGGGAUGUCAGAAGUAGGAGAUGGGAGAAGGAGAAGCCAAGAGGAAGUCGCGCGUGGGGAGGCGGAGGAGGCGGGAAGAACUAGUGUGGAGUGUGGAGGGGGGGUCUGCAUGCAUGCAGGCGGCGGAAUGCAACGGGCCAGGGAGGAGAGCGAGGACACACGGUGAAUGGGUGCUCUCGAUCUGUUGUGGUCCCUAAUUUCAGCCGUCGGGAAGGUCGAGGAAUGCGCAGCGAUGACCCAACACACCCGUAAGAGGGCAACGAACGAGACCACAUGAGUCCUUGCAUGCAGCAUCGGGGGAUUUGUUAUAACAUGCCCAGUCUAAUUGCCGCCAAGUCAAUUAAACCGCACGGCACAGGGAGGUGCACGGCUGUGUGCGCAUAUCAGGGCGGGUUGUGUUUCCAUGCCUGACGACUGCGUGUUUUUAACCAACUGCGUGUGUGUAUGUGUGUCAUUGACUGCGUGUGUAUCAUAAAAGCAGUGUGCACGUUAAGGGGCGGCUGUGCGACUCUACGACGGCCGUGGUUUUAUGUUUGCUGGUAUCGUCAAGUAUGGUACAGAUGUUACUUUUGUUUCGCCGUCUGCAAGGGAAGGUGCAGCGUGGCUGGUACGUGUGCCAUCCUUUUUCUGUGGGAACGACGUGUUGUAUUGUACGGCCUAUAUAGUCACGUGCGAUACGCCAUGCCUACCUUCCAUAGCCACACAUGCGGCCUUCGGGGUUGCUGCUUUGGACUUGGUGACCGAAGCUUGCGCUGGUUACGAAUUGGUGUGCGUGGUUUUGGAACUGAGCCAUACGUGUAACAAAACGCAGCUGAGUGUUCCUGGAUGCAAGGAGCAAUGCAUUAAAUCCGGCACAUCAGGAAUUGCGUUUGUGUGAAGCCCGAC